GAGAAGAAGAAAAAACCCACUCUCUCGGGCUCGCACAGGCGCCUUGCUUUCACUGUAACCGGUAGUCGUUAAAGUGCGUUCCGGACCAACCUCAUGAUGGAGACGGAUAGUUGUUUGUCUUUCUCUUCGCAGCCAAACCGGACACCACCAGAGAACUCACCGGGUUUGGAACAGCAUAGUUCCUCGGGUUCGUUUCUUCCCUGUGACGAACUUCAGAAAAACGCACACCUUCCUCUCGCGCACCGCCUGAGUCUCCGGGGUCAGGGUGACUUCUACAGCUCGAGCUCCAUGGGACGAUUUAAUGACGGCGCACCCGCGGACUUUACGCACGGGGCAGCUCCCACGAACCCUCGCGCCUCGCCCAACAAACAUAGCAAAUAUAUGGAAAAUAUUAAUCAGGAUCAAAAUGGUUUAUCAAUAAGCGGGAAGGGCUCGUUUUAUGAAAACAACUCCGAGGCCAGAGAGAAGGUGGGUCCCAAGCCUAUGGGCUACCCAGUGAUUGGUUCAGACUUCUGCAUCAAGCUGAAGGAGCCAACCAAUGGUCUCCAAACAGGGGACUCAAUCGCAGACUCCAUCGACCUAUCGGGCAAGAACAAGAAGCGUCGUAACCGCACCACGUUCAGUACGUUCCAGUUGGAGGAGCUGGAGAAGGUGUUUCAGAAGACUCACUACCCUGAUGUUUACGCCCGGGAACAGCUGGCCCUUAGGACCGAACUCACAGAGGCCCGUGUACAGGUGUGGUUCCAGAACCGACGGGCCAAGUGGAGGAAGAGGGAACGCUACGGGAAGAUCCAGGAGGUGCGAAACCACUUUGCUGCUACAUACAAUAUCUCCACCUACCAGAUGCAGAGCAACCUGUGGCCAGGAGCUGGUGCAGGAGGGGGCGGGGGGUCCGGCGGGGGCUGUGUCCUGAGCCCUGACACCAUGUCUUCCUCUUGUAUGAGCCCCUACCCCCAUCCCCACAGCAACCUCUCCUCCAUGGGCUUCAUGGGCAUGCCCCCGUCCUCCAGCCACCCCCACCACCCUCACCAUCCCCCACACCACCCUGGCAUCAAUAGCCUCUACUCUCUCCACAGCUUCCCUGGGGCCCUCGGGGGCCACUCCUUUGAGCCAGGGCCCGAGACAGAGUAUAAGCCAUCCAGCCUGUUGGCCCUGCGGAUGAAGGCUAAGGACCCUGGGAGUCUUCUAUCCUGGCCUACAUGAUCACCACAGUGUCAGGGCCCUACUAUGUUCUGACUGAGCCAAUGUACACACACACAUUCAAACUCAAUCUUGUAUACUAGCUACGCCAUGGAUAGUUAUGGCCACAUGUGUUUGUGUUGCUGCAUGUUGAUAACAGAAGAAGUCUAAACUCUCUCCUGUGGUUUACUAUAAUAUGUAUACACACACUCUGCUAUUUUUCUCCCAAAAAUGUAAACCCACAGACUUCAAAACAUGACAUGAUAAACAGUUUGAGUUUGUUAGGUAUUUUGUCCCUGGGCAUUUCCAUGUAAAAAGGACCAACAUAUAAAAGUUCAUACGAACAGGUAAAACUGGGUGUCAAAUGAAAACUAAGAGUCUAUAUUUUUGGGGAAAUGAAUGCAUAGAAACCAUUUUGCCAUCUUGAACAUUUGUCAUAAAGUAAAGGCUUUGAUUUCUGGACAAAGGGGGUCUUAGAAAACAUCUACCAGAAAAAAAGUUUUAAAGGUAUCAGAAAUACAUCAAAACACAAUAAUAUUGUAGUAUAAAGACCCCUGCCAUCUAAUAUCAACACAUACUUUUAGUUUUGGUUAAAUGUACCAUCUGUAAGUAUAAUAAAUAUUUCCUUUGUAAUUGUGAUUUGUAAUUCCGUUACCAAACAGCCACAUACUGUAUCUCCUUCAUGAGACAUACCAAUUAGUUACAGUGAUUUUACUGAUAUCAAAUUUUGUUUUUGACGUAUUAAGUGAUUAAAAUUCGUAUUUCGAGAUACCAAGCAAUCUGUAACGUAAUGACUGCAACUGAAUUGGCUACGAUAGGAAAUCGUAGUAGUCACAAACCACAGUUGGAUCACCUGUUACUGUCCUCCCUUCCACUGACUGUUAUGUUCAGCUCAUAGUGUCUUAUGUUACUGUCCUCCCUUCUACUGACUGUUAUGUUCAGCUCAUAGUGUCUCCUGUUACUGUCCUCCCUUCCACUGACUGUUAUGUUCAGCUCAUAGUGUCUCCUGUUACUGUCCUCUCUUCCACUGACUGUUAUGUUCAGCUCAGUGUCUCCUGUUACUGUCCUCCCUUCCACUGACUGUUAUGUUCAGCUCAUAGUGUCUCCUGUUACUGUCCUCCCUUCCACUGACUGUUAUGUUCAGCUCAUAGUGUCUCCUGUUACUGUCCUCCCUUCCACUGACUGUUAUGUUCAGCUCAUCAUUUGGUGGUCAAAGCAAGAGUGUUAAAACAGUACAGUACAGUGGAGUAUAGUGCAGUACAGUGGAGUACAGUGCAGUACAGUGGAGUACAGUGCAGUACAGUGGAGUGCAGUACAGUACAGUGGAGUAUAGUGCAGUACAGUGGAGUAUAGUGCAGUACAGUGGAGUACAGUGCAGUACAGUGGAGUACAGUGCAGUACAGUGGAGUGCAGUACAGUACAGUGGAGAAUAGUGCAGUACAGUGGAGUACAGUGCAGUACAGUGGAAUGCAGUACAGUACAGUGGAGUAUAGUGCAGUACAGUGGAGUACAGUGCAGUACAGUGGAGUGCAGUACAGUACAGUGGAGUGCAGUACAGUACAGUGGAGUACAGUACAGUGAGUUGUACUGAACUAAACUCUACUUUACUGUAGUGAACUCUACUGUACUGUUAAAUAGUUUUGGUCAUUUACACAUGUUAUUGCAGGUGCAGUAAUGCCUAACAAUACAAACAAUACACACAAAUUCCAAAAAUAAAAAUUAAGAAAUUAAGAAAUAUCCGAAUGAGCAAUGUCAGACUCCAGAAAAUAAAUAUACAGUAUAUAUACACUACCGUUCAAAAGUUGAGUCACUUAGAAAUGUCCUUGUUUUUUGCACAUUUUUGUCCAUUAAAAUAACAU